AUGCAUCACUACACUGUAACUCUCAAAUCUCCACUCCCUUACCAUGCACCUUCUUCCCACCCAAUCUUUUCUCGCCCUCUUAACCCUAGACAGUCUGUCAUCCCAUUUUCCCCUCCAAAAACUGGAGGAUACCAUCACCACCAACACUCCGUUUUCACCUGUAAAGGAAUCCAACUUUCCGUCCCCAGCCACGGCCCUGCCUCGCUUGGUCCUUCAAACGGUAACGGUGCUGCCGUUCAUGACUGGGAAGCGAAGAGUGUUGGUAUCAAAACCAUUGAUGUUGCGACUCUGGGAAAUCUUUGUGUUGAUAUUGUUCUUAAUGUUCCAAAAUUGCCACCUCGUUCUCGUGAGGCUCGUUUUGCUUAUAUGCAAGAGCUGUCCAAAUCCCCGCCUGACAAGAAAUACUGGGAAGCUGGAGGUAACUGCAAUAUCGCUAUAGCAGCUGCAAGAUUGGGACUUCAUUGUGCCACGAUUGGUCAUGUGGGCGAUGAAAUAUAUGGGCAAUUUUUGCUAGAUGUGCUACGCCAGGAGGGGAUUAAUAUGGUUGGGAUGAGUGACGAUGGUGAUAUGGUUGAUUGUUCUAGUGCCUCGUAUGAGACCCUUUUGUGUUGGGUUCUUGUUGACCCUUUGCAAAGACAUGGAUUUUGUAGUGGAGCAGAUUUCUGUAAGGAGCCUGCAUUUAGCUGGAUGAGUAAAUUAUCGAGAGAAGUAAAGAUGGCCAUUAAACAGUCCAAGAUCCUGUUCUGUAAUGGCUAUGGCUUUGAUGAACUCUCCCCAGGUCUGAUAAUGUUAGCUAUAGAUUAUGCUGUUGAAGUUGGAACAUCUGUUUUCUUUGAUCCCGGACCCCGUGGAAAGAGUCUUUCAACUGGAACACCUGAAGAACAACAAGCACUUAGCCAUUUGUUGAAGAUGAGCGAUGUUCUUCUUCUAACAUCCGAUGAGGCUGAGUCAUUGACUGGCAUAGGAAACCCAAUGCUAGCAGGGCAAGAAUUGCUUAAAAAAGGGAUACACACAAAAUGGGUGAUCGUUAAAAUGGGUUCAAGAGGCUCAAUACUAGUCACAAUGUCAAGUAUAUCCUGUGCUCCUGCAUUCAAGGUGAAUGUCAUCGACACUGUUGGAUGUGGAGAUAGUUUUGUAGCUGCUAUUGCAUAUGGUUACAUCCAUAAUAUGCCCUUGAUAAAUACAUUAGCAAUUGCAAAUGCAGUAGGUGCCGCAACUGCAAUGGGGUGUGGCGCUGGUCGUAAUGUGGCUACCUUGGAGAAAGUAAUUGAACUCAUGAGAGCAUCAAACAUCAACGAGGAUGAUGGAUUCUGGAGUGAACUAGUGAAAGAUUUGGAUACUGAAGACAUCAUGUUUCUGUCAAAAAUGGUCAUAAAUGGAAGGAAGAAUCAAGUAAACCACGUCGCCCUACAGAAAGUGGUUUCUGAACUGCUGCCCAAGCUCGAAGAUAGCAGGUUAGAGGGAAAAGUGGCUUCUUGA